AGAAUAUCAACCAAAAUGGCUAAAAAACGCAAGUUAAAGAUUAGCAAAGUAAAAAGAAAUAAUCAAACUACUAAUAAGAUGCGAAAACAGGGAAAAUUGAAUCUUCAAAGGCAUAGAAACAAGGUGCAAAAACAGAAGGCGCCUGAGAAGCCUCAAAUUGAAUACAGCAGCGAAAGUGAGGCCUCUGCAGACGGAUGGGCGGACAUGCUGGACGACGAAGAGCAGCAGUACAUCAUGAAGAGACUGGCCAAGCAACCACAGCUGCUUUCCAACAUUCAAGAAGAAGAAAAACAACCUAAUAGGUCUAGGAAACGGAAGCGUGAAACAAAAGAGCGUGUUCCUAAACCCACACCAACAAUGAACGACAGUGGGGCAGAAAAUGACAUUAGCGAUUCAGAUGAUGAGAUUGAAGACAAAUAUGAAAUGGAAUUGGCAGCGCGGCCAGUCAAGCGACUGCGGCCUUUACUGCCUAUCAAGACGAAAUUAGGGCUGCAGGAAAGGGCAGAAGAAUGUGAUGAUACUGAAUCAGAAGAAGAAAGUGAAGGGCAAUCAAAACCAAAGCUACGGGAAUCUCUUGAGGAGCACACUGACUCGGACUCCGGCGUGGAUGGCACGGUGGAGGAGGAUACGCCAGAAGAGUCGAGUGAAGCCGGCGAGAUCACUACGGUGCAGUUACUGGCCGCCAGGAGAGACAAGCUGGCCCAUGAGAAGCUCAGAAUUGGAGCACUUUGCUCGUCCUUGUUGGAGAACCCUGAGAAAAAGUUAAACAACCUGUACGCGAUCCUGUAUCUGAUGGAGGAACGAUUAAAGGACAACACAUUGAACCUGCAUUCAGUGCGCAAGCUGGCUACUCUCUCAGCUUGUGAGGUGUUCCGGGACAUAUUGCCAGAGUACUUCCUUAGGCAUCAGGAUUACUCCAAUAUUAAAUUGAAGAAGGACACCUUAGCUUUGUACAAACACGAGAAGGAGCUGCUCGCAUUCUACAAGAGGUACCUGCAGAGGUUGGAGAAAGCUGCCAUGGUGUUGCGGAAGAAGAAAGGGGAUACGCGGAAAGUUGACGAAUCUUCUAUCCAACUGGGGCUGAUAUCGGUGCACUGCAUGUGCAGCCUGCUGCAGUCUCGGCCGUACUUCAACUUCGCGAGCAACAUCGCGCAGAGCAUUGUGCCAUUCCUUGCUUGCAGCGACUCCCGCGCCGCAAGCGCAGUCACCGAUUGCUGCGCACAGGUCUUCAACGAGGACACUAGAGGGGAGAUUACGCUCACUGUGGUGCGCCUGAUCAACCAGCUGGUCAAGCGACGCGGCGCGAAUCUCCCGCCUCGAGCUCUCAGCUGCCUCCUGGCACUGCGCAUACGCGACAUCGAUCUUGACGAGGAGAAGGACCUCAAGAGGAAGCAAGCGCACGACCAAAAGCGAAAGAAACGCAUCGUUAAUCUCUCCAAGAAGGAGAAAAAGCGAGCCAAGAAGUUGAAAGAAGUGGAACGCGAACUGCUCGAGACGCAAGCGCAAGAGAGCGAGCUAGCGCGGCGGAAGCAGAUGACCGAGGUCACAAAAACCGUCUUCCACAUCUACUUCCGGCUGCUGAAGACCGCGCCGCGCUCAAAGUUGUUGGCUGUAGCACUCGAAGGCAUCGCCAAGUUCACGCACGUGAUCAACCUGGAGUACUACUCGGACUUGGUAUCGAUCCUGGGACGUCUACUUACUGACGAUGCGGUGGGCGGGCGAGAACGGCUGCUGAUCGUGCGCGCUGUGCUGGCCGUGCUGGCCGGCGCCGGCGACGCUCUCAACGUCGACCCGGCCGGAUUCCACGCGUACCUUUAUGCCCACGCGCUGGACGCACAUGCUGGCGCAACACAUGAAGAUGCAAAGAUAAUACUAGAAGCAGUGUCUCAGCUGACGCACCGCGCUAGACGCGUGUCGCCGGCGGUACUGCAGGCGUUCGCCAAGCGGCUCGCCACCCUGGCGCUGCAGCUGCACCACAACGGGGCCCUCGGCUGCCUCGCGCUAUUGCAUCAGCUUGCACAGCACAGUAAACACGUCUCACAAAUGCUGGAGACCGAUAUGGACGUGGGCUCGGGCCGUUUCGACCCGACAUCGCCGUCGCCGGAGCACUGCAAUGCGCACGCGGCUUCCUUGCACGAGCUCACCGCCCUCGCGACACACUACCACCCCACCGUGCGCGAGGUCGCCCAGUCUCUCAUGGAACGACGACCGCUCACUCAACUUGGCAAGCUAACUCCACUACAGAUCUUCGAACAAUAUGACGGAUCUCAAAUGGCGUUCAAACCUUCCGUGCCCACGCUUAAACGCGACAAACCGCCUAACAGCAAAGUGCAGUCGCACACGUGGACCCAGUUGUCACUUAAGGAAUACUGUGAAUGUGUUGAAAGUAACUUAUCAAUGGUCAUCACUAACAGUUAG